CGGGCUAGCUGCAUCAUCAUCAUCUGACCGGGGGAUAUAUCGGUUACCAAGCGGCUCGCAUACCCGGAUUACUGUGUGGAACCGUUCCCUGUUCCUUCUCCUCUUCUUUGUUGAAGUCCGGAUCGCACCGCAAACAUGGCUGACCAGCCAUGGGAUACGCCGGAGACCAAGCGCGUCCGGGAAAUGGGCACAGUGCAGAGUGAGGGGGGUACGAUUACUACUGUAACUGGAGUGGAAACCUACUCAGACUCAGAUGAAGAAGUGAUCAUUACACAUUACACAAUGGAGACCGCAGGUACUCCAGGCAGAAUGGAGGUGGAGUAUGAAACGACAGAGUGGGAAACUACACGAACAACAGAACUGACGGGGUCUGCCCAAACAUAUGAAACAGAGUAUGAAACAACGCGAACAACACAACAAGGAGGGGCCACCCGUUCCUCGGCGGAAAUGAUGGCUGAGAUGACGGCCGGAUCCGGAAAACGGGGAGAUCAGUCAUGGGAGACGCCGGAAAUGGUCCGAUGUCGGGAAAUGAAAGAUCUCCAAAGCGAGAGAGUGUACAAGGAAAAAGCUAAAGAAAGAAUGAAGGCUUACACUCACCAUCCAGAUGCACCUGAGAUGGCGAGAUUAAAAGAAAUAGGAAAAGUCUGCAGCGAGGUAAAAUACCACGAGGCCUACGAGAAGAGCAAGGCCAAGGGGUACACGUCUGUCGUUGACACACCAGAAAACAUCCGCGUCAAGGAGUCUGGAAAGAUCGCGAGCCAGACAAACUACGUGAAGGAUUAUGAGAAGGCGAAGACCAAGUACAACCUGAGCUCGGACACCCCCCUCAUCAAGACAGCCAGGCAGUCUGCUAAUCUGGCCAGCGAGUAUAAGUACCAGCAGCCGGUCAAAGGGGCCAAGUUUGAGCAGAUAUGUGACGGCAUGCGUGAGGUGCAUUGCGCUACAGUCAGCAAGCUGCAGAGCGACAUUGAGUACAAGCAGCCACUUGAAAAUUACACUGUGAUCACGGACACUCCGGAGAUGAGGAAGCUUGCAUCACUGCAGGAGAUCGUCAGCGAUAUCUUCUACAAGGAGGAGGCCAAGGAGAUCAUCGAGAGAUGCUGCAGCCAGGCCCCCAUCUACUUGGAGAUGGAUCGCAUGGCCAGACUGCAGGACCUGCUCAACAUGACACAGUACCGUGAGAAGUGGGAGAUGGACAAGAAGAAGUACACCGUCCUCACCGACUCACCUGAGAUCAUCCGUGUUGUGGAGGCUGGCAAGCAGCAGAGUGAUCUUGAGUACAAGAAGGGCAUGCAGAAGCAGCAGAAGAAGGGAUACGCCCUGGUUCCCGACUCCACCUCCUUCGUGGCAGCGAAGGAGGCUGCGAAGAUCGCCAGCGAUGUGGAGUACAAGACCAAGGACCUGAUCGACAUGCGGAAGGCGAGCUUCAAGAACGUGCACGAGUCCCCCUGGUACCUUCAGGCCAAGCUUUCUGCAGAAAACGCCUCAGGGAUCAAGUACAUAAAGGACUAUGAGAAGGAGAAGGUUCACUACCUGACACCUGUGGACAGAGUCGACUUUGUCGCCGCCAAGGCUGUCAGUGGCAUGACAGACCGUAAAUACAGACAGAAGCUUGGCAAACCCAUCUCCAUCCCCGACACUCCAGAGAUUGUACGCAGCAAAAAGUUGGAAAAACUCAAGGAUCAAACCUAUAAGCAAGAGCCUGGUCCCUUCAUCUCAACACCAGACUCUAUGGAGAUGGAUAGAGUUAGGACUCUACAGCAAAUCACCAGCGAACAAAUGUACAAGGAGGACGCUGAGUGGCUUGUGCAGAGAUGUCUGAGCCAGUAUCCCUUCUCUGUGGAAAUUGACAGGGUUACCAAAGUCAAGUUCCAGAAUGAUCCGCGUGUUUACCAAUGGGAAGCAGACAGGGAAAGGCAGAAGUACACAGUCCUGGCAGACUCCCCCGAGAUCACUCGUGUGGUGAACGCUGCCAAGAUGCAGAGUGACCGUGUUUACCAUGAAGGCUAUGAGAAACAGAAGCAGGGAGGAUACAGGCUGGCUGCUGAUGCUCCCACCUUCACAACUGCUAAGGAAGCUGCCAAGAAUGCCAGUGAUUAUAACUACCAGUCAGGACUUCGUGAGGCCCGAGGGAAGGGAUUCCCCAACUUCCAGGAGUCUCCACUGUUCCUGCAGAACAAACUGUCAGCACAGCUGGCCUCUGGGGCUGAGUACACAAAGGAUUAUGAGAAGCAGAAGGUGAAGUACACCCUCCCUGCUGACAGGGUGGACAUGGUGACUGCCAAGAAUAUUCUGGAGUUGUCUGACAAAAAGUACAGGCAGGAGCCAGGAAAGUUCAUCUCGAUCCCCGACACAAUGGAGCAGGUCCGAUGCACCAAAGCAGCCAAGCUUGCCAGCGACAAACACUACAAGCAAGAGCCUGGUGCCUUCAUUUCAACCCCAGACUCUAUGGAGAUGGAGAGAGUGAAGACUCUACAGGAAAUUACCAGUGACCAAUACUACAAGGAGGAUGCUCAGUGGCUUGUGCAGAGAUGUCUGAGCCAGUAUCCCUUCUCUGUGGAGUUGGACAGGGUUAACAAAGUCAAGUUCCAGAAUGAUCCGCGUAUCUACCAAUGGGAAGCAGACAAGGAGAAGCAGAAGUACACAGUCCUGGCAGACUCCCCCGAGAUCACUCGUGUGGUGAACGCUGCCAAGAUGCAGAGUGACCGUCUGUACCACCAAGACUAUGAGAAGCAGAAAGAGGGAGGCUACAGACUGGCUGCUGAUGCUCCUGUGUUCCUCACAGCCAAGGAAGCUGCCAUCAAUGCCAGUGAUCAUGUCUACCAGUCAGGACUUCGGGAGGCAAGAGGGAAGGGAUUCCCCAACUUCCAGGAGUCUCCACUGUUCCUGCAGAACAAACUGUCAGCACAGCUGGCCUCUGGAGCUGAGUACACAAAGGACUAUGAGAAGCAGAAGGUGAAGUACACCCUCCCUGCUGACAGGGUGGACAUGGUGACUGCCAAGAAUAUUCUGGAACAGUCUGACCGCAAGUACAGGCAGGAGCCAGGAAAGUUCAUCUCGAUCCCCGACACAAUGGAGCAGGUUCGAUGCACCAAAGCAGCCAAGCUUGCCAGCGACAAACACUACAAGCAAGAGCCUGGUGCCUUCAUUUCAACCCCAGACUCUAUGGAGAUGGAGAGAGUUAGGACUCUACAGGACAUUACCAGUGACCAAUACUACAAGGAGGAUGCUCAGUGGCUUGUGCAGAGAUGUCUGAGCCAGUAUCCCUUCUCUGUGGAGCUUGACAGGGUUAACAAAGUCAAGUUCCAGAAUGAUCCGCGUCUGUACCAAGAGGAGGCAGACAGGGAGAAGCAGAAGUACACAGUCCUGGCAGACUCCCCCGAGAUCACUCGUGUGGUGAACGCUGCCAAGAUGCAGAGUGACCGUGUUUACCAUGAAGGCUAUGAGAAACAGAAGCAGGGAGGCUACAGACUGGCCGCUGAUGCUCCUGUGUUCCUCACAGCCAAGGAAGCUGCCAUCAAUGCCAGUGACUAUAACUACCAGUCAGGACUUCGUGAGGCCCGAGGGAAGGGAUUCCCCAACUUCCAGGAGUCUCCACUGUUCCUGCAGAACAAACUGUCAGCACAGCUGGCCUCUGGGGCUGUGUACACAAAGGACUAUGAGCAGCAGAAGCUGAAGUACACCCUCCCUGCUGACAGGGUGGACAUGGUGGCUGCCAAGGCUGUUCUGGAACAGUCUGAUAAAAAGUACAGACAGAAGCCAGGAAAGUUCAUCUCAAUCCCAGACAACAUGGAGCAGGUCCGCUGCAAUGCUGUGGCUAAGCUUGCCAGUGACAAAAACUACAAGCAAGAACCUGGCAAGUUCAUCUCAAUCCCAGACUCUAUGGAGAUGGAGAGGGUGAAGACUCUACAGGAAAUUACCAGUGAUCAAUACUACAAGGAGGACGCUCAGUGGCUUGUGCAGAGAUGUCUGAGCCAGUAUCCCUUCUCUGUGGAGUUGGACAGGGUUAACAAAGUCAAGUUCCAGAAUGAUCCGCGUCUGUACCAAGAGGAGGCAGACAGGGAGAAGCAGAAGUACACAGUCCUGGCAGACUCCCCCGAGAUCACUCGUGUGGUGAACGCUGCCAAGAUGCAGAGUGACCGUCUGUACCACCAAGGCUAUGAGAAGCAGAAAGAGGGUGGCUACAAGCUGGCUGCUGAUGCUCCCACCUUCACAACUGCCAAAGAAGCUGCCAAGAAUGCCAGUGAUUAUAACUACCAGUCAGGACUUCGUGAGGCCCGAGGGAAGGGAUUCCCCAACUUCCAGGAGUCUCCACUGUUCCUGCAGAACAAACUGUCAGCACAGCUGGCCUCUGGUGCUGUAUAUACCAAGGACUAUGAGCAGCAGAAGCUGAAGUACACCCUCCCUGCUGACAGGAUGGACAUGGUGGCUGCCAAGGCUAUUUUGGAAAUGUCUGAGAAAAAGUACAGGCAUAAACCAGGAAAGUUCAUCUCUAUCCCAGACAACAUGGAGCAGGUCCGCUGCAAUGCUGUGGCCAAGCUCGCCAGCGACAAACACUACAAGCAAGAGCCUGGCAAGUUCAUCUCAAUCCCAGACUCUAUGGAGAUGGAAAGGGUGAAGACUCUACAGGAAAUUACCAGUGACCAAAUCUACAAGGAGGAUGCUCAGUGGCUUGUGCAGAGAUGUUUGAGCCAGUAUCCCUUCUCUGUUGAGCUUGACAGGGUUAACAAAGUCAAGUUCCAAAAUGAUCCACGUCUGUACCAAGAGGAGGCAGACAGGGAGAAGCAGAAGUACACAGUCCUGGCCGACUCCCCCGAGAUCACUCGUGUGGUGAACGCUGCCAAGAUGCAGAGUGAUCGUGUUUACCAUGAAGGCUAUGAGAAACAGAAGCAGGGAGGCUACAGACUGGCCGCUGAUGCUCCUGUGUUCCUGACAGCUAAGGAAGCUGCCAUCAAUGCCAGUGAUUAUAACUACCAGUCAGGACUUCGUGAGGCCCGAGGGAAGGGAUUCCCCAACUUUCAGGAGUCUCCACUGUUCCUGCAGAACAAACUGUCAGCACAGCUGGCCUCUGGGGCUGUGUAUACAAAGGACUAUGAGCAGCAGAAGCUGAAGUACACCCUCCCUGCUGACAGGGUGGACAUGGUGGCUGCCAAGGCUAUUCUGGACUUGUCUGAGCGCAAGUACAGACAAAAGCCAGGAAAGUUCAUCUCAAUCCCAGACAACAUGGAGCAGGUCCGCUGCAAUGCUGUGGCUAAGCUUGCCAGCGACAAACACUACAAGCAAGAGCCCGGCGCCUUCAUCUCAAUCCCAGACUCUAUGGAGAUGGAGAGGGUGAAGACUCUACAGGAAAUUACCAGUGACCAAUACUACAAGGAGGAUGCUCAGUGGCUUGUGCAGAGAUGUCUGAGCCAGUAUCCCUACUCUGUUGAGCUUGACAGGGUUAACAAAGUCAAGUUCCAGAAUGAUCCGCAACUGUACCGUGAGGAGUGGGAUAGGGACAGGCAGAAGUACACAGUCCUGGCAGACUCUCCCGAAGUCACUCGUGUCUGUGAGGUUGCCAAGCUGCAGAGUGAUCUUGUCUAUCACCAAGGCUAUGAGAAACAGAAGCAGGCAGGCUACAAGCUGGCUGCUGAUGCUCCUGCAUUCCUGACAGCCAAGGAGUCAGCCAAGAAUGCCAGUGAUUAUAACUACCAGACAGGACUUCGGGAGGCCAGAGGAAGGGGAUUCCCCAACUUCCAGGAGUCUCCACUGUUCCUGCAGAACAAACUGUCUGCACAGCUGGCCUCUGGGGCUUUGUACACCAAGGACUACCAGCAGCAGAAGCUGAAGUACACCCUCCCUGCUGACAGGGUGGACAUGGUGGCUGCCAAGGCUGUCCUGGACUUGUCUGAUAAAAAAUACAGACAGGAGCCUGGCAAGUUCAUCUCUAUCCCAGACAAUGUGGAGCAGGUCCGCUGCAAUGCUGUGGCCAAGCUUGCCAGUGAUAAAUACUACAAACAAGAGCCUGGCAAGUUCAUCUCAAUCCCAGACUCUAUGGAGAUUGAGAGGGUGAAGACACUACAGGAUAUUACUAGCGACUACUACUACAAGGAAGAAGCCAAGGAGCUUGUGGAAAGAUGCCUGAGCCAGUAUCCCUUCUCUGUGGAAAUCGACAGGGUCAACAAAGUCUCACUGAUGCAAGAUCCGCGUCUCUACCGUGAGGAGUGGGAUAGGGACAGGCAGAAGUACACAGUCCUGGCAGACUCUCCAGAAGUCACCAGAGUGUGUGAGGUUGCCAAGCUGCAGAGUGAUCUUGUCUAUCACCAAGGCUAUGAGAAACAGAAGCAGGCAGGCUACAAGCUGGCUGCUGAUGCUCCUGCAUUCCUGACAGCAAAGGAAUCUGCAAAGAAUGCCAGUGAUUAUAACUACCAGACAGGACUUAGGGAGGCCAGAGGAAGGGGAUUCCCCAACUUCCAGGAGUCUCCUCUGUUCCUGCAGAACAAACUGUCUGCACAGCUGGCCUCUGGGGCUCUUUAUGUCAAAGACUACCAACAGCAGAAGCUGAAGUACACCCUCCCUGCUGACAGGGUGGACAUGAAGGCUGCCAAGGCUGUUCUGGACUUGUCUGAUCGCAAGUACAAGCAGCAACCUGGCAAGCCUAUCUCCAUCCCCGACACAGUAGAGCAGGUCCGCUGCAACGAGGUUGCCAAGCUUGCCAGUGAUAAACACUACAAGCAGGAGCCUGGCCGCUUCAUCUCGACCAAUGACACCCCCGAAAUUCUUAGGCUUAAAUCUCUGCAAGAGAUUGUCAGCGAUCACUACUACAAGGAAGAAGCCAAGGAGAUUGUGGAGAGAUGUCUGAGCCAGUAUCCCUUCUCUGUGGAAAUCGACAGAGUCCAUAAAGUAUCUGAAAUGCAGGAUCCACGUCUGUACCGUGAGGAGUGGGAUAGAGACAGACAGAAGUACACCGUCAUCCCAGACUCUCCCGAGGUGGCUCGCGUUCAGGAGGUUGCCAAGAUGCAGAGUGAUCUUGUGUACCGCCAAGGUUAUGAGAAACAGAAGCAGGGAGGCUACAAGCUGGCUGCUGAUGCUCCUCUGUUCCUGACAGCCAAGGAGUCAGCCAAGAAUGCCAGUGAUUAUAACUACCAGACUGGGCUUCGGGCAGCGCGUGGAAGUGGAUUCCCCAACUUCCAGGAGUCUCCACUGUUCCUGCAGAACAAACUUUCAGCACAGCUGGCCUCUGGGGCUCUGUAUAUCAAGGACUACCAGCAGCAGAAGCUGAAGUACACCCUCCCUGCUGACAGGGUGGACAUGGUGGCUGCCAAGGCUGUUAUGGACUUGUCUGAUCGCAAGUACAAGCAGAAGCCAGCAGUACCCAAGUUGCCCCCAGACUCGGUUGAACAGGUCCACUUCAAGUCCCUGGCCCCAUUGAAAGAUAAAGUCUACAAGCACGAACCAGGCGGCUUCACCUCUGAGAUUGACACUCCUGAGACCAGGAGGCUGAAGUCUCUACAGGAGAUUGUCAGUGACUUGUACUACAAGGAAGAGGCCAAGGAGAUUGUGAACAAGUGUGACAGUCAGUAUCCCUUCUCAGUGGAGAUCGACAGGGUCCACAAAGUGUCGGAAAUGCAGGAUCCGCGUCUGUACCGUGAGGAAUGGGAUAGAGACAGACAGAAGUACACGGUCAUCCCAGACUCCCCCGAGGUUGCUCGAGUUUGCGAGGUUGCUAAGCUACAGAGCGAUCGUAUUUACCAACUAGGCUACGAGAAGCAGAAGCAAGAAGGUUACAAGAUGAUUCCUGACACGCCACUCUUCCUGCAAUGCAGGGAGUCUGCCAGGAAUGCCAGUGAUUAUGUCUACCAGACAGCACUGAAGGAGGCCAGAGGAAGGGGCUUCCCCAACUUUCAGGAGUCUCCAUUGUUCUUGCAGAACAAACUGUCAGCACAGCUGGCCUCUGGGGCUCUGUAUACCAAGGACUAUGAGCAGCAGAAGCUGAAGUACACCCUCCCUGCUGACAGGGUGGACAUGGUGGCUGCCAAGAAUAUCCUGGACUUGUCUGAUCGCAAGUACAAGCAGAAGCCAGCAGUGCCAAAGGUGUUCCCAGACUCGGUUGAGCAGGUCCACUUCAAGUCCCUGGCUCCCUUGAAGGAUAAAGUCUACAAGCACGAACCAGGCGGUUUCACAUCUGAGAUUGACACUCCUGAGACCAGGAGGAUGAGGACACUACUGGAGACUGUCAGUGACUAUUAUUACAAGGAAGAAGCCAAGGAGAUUGUGGAGAAGUGCUGCAGCCAGUUCCCCUUCACUGUGGAGAUUGAAAGGGUGGAGAAGGUUACAGAAAUGCAGGAUGAUCGCCGCUACCGUGCGGAUUACGAAAGGGGCAGACACAACUACACCGUUAUUCCCGACUCCCCUGAGGUGGCUCGUGUGAUUGAAGCUGCCAGGAUGCAGAGCGACCGUUUCUACCAUGAAGGCUACGAGAAGCAGAAACAGGAAGGCUACAAGAUGGUGUCCGACACACCUCUCUUCCUCCAGUGCAGGGAGUCAGCCUGGAACGCCAGUGAUUACAACUACAAGACAGCCCUUGAGGAGGCAAGAAAGUCACAGUACAAGAAUGUCCACGAGUCUCCGCUGUUCCUGCAGAACAAACUGUCUGCACAGCUGGCCUCUGGGCCUCUGUAUGUCAAGGACUAUGAGCAGCAGAAGCUGAAGUACACCCUCCCUGCUGACAGGGUGGACAUGGUGGCGGCCAAGAAUAUUCUGGACUUGUCUGACCGCAAGUACAAGCAGAAGCCAGGAGUACCAAAGGUGUUCCCAGACUCGGUUGAGCAACUCCACGUCAAGUCUCUGGCACCAUUGAAAGAUAAAGUCUACAAGAGUGAACCAGGUCGUUUCACCUCCGAGAUUGACACUCCUGAGACCAGGAGGAUGAAGUCUCUGUGGGAAAUGGUCAGUGACCACUACUACAAGGAAGAGGCCAGGGAGAUUGUGGAGAAGUGCUGCAGCCAGUUCCCCUUCACUGUGGAGAUUGAGAGGGUGGAGAAGGUCUCAGAGAUGCAGGAUGCUAAAAAGUACCGUGAGAAGUAUGAUGAAGAGAAGCAGAAGUACACUGUCAUCCCAGACUCCCCUGAGGUGUUACGGGUGAUCGAGGCCGCUAAGAUGCAGAGUGAUCUUCACUACAAGGAUGGGUUUGAGCAACAGAAGAAGGAAGGAUACAAGAUGGUGUCUGACACGCCUCUCUACAACCAGUGCAGGGAUUCAGCCAGGAAUGCCAGUGACUACAUCUACAAGACAGCAAUCAAGCAGGCACAAGAGGCCCAGUACAAGAAUGUGCAUGAGUCUCCACUUUACCUGCAGAACAAACUGUCUGCUCAGCUGGCCUCUGGAGCUCUGUACAUCAAAGAUUAUGAAACAGGGAAGGUGAAGUACGCCCUCCCACCAGACAGAGUGGACAUCGUGGCCGCCAAGAAUUAUCAGAACUUCUCUGAUCGCAAGUACAAGCAGAAGCCUGGAGUACCAAAGGUGUUCCCUGACACCAUUGAAGGAGUUCGCGUCAAGUCCCUGGAGCCAUUGAAAGAUAAAAUCUACAAGCAAGAGCCAGGCCGCUUCACCUCUGAGAUUGACACUCCUGAGACCAGGAGGAUGAAGUCCCUUCUGGAGAUUGUCAGUGACCACUACUACAAGGAGGAAGCCAAGGAGAUUGUGGAGAAGUGCUGCAGCCAGUUCCCCUUCACUGUGGAGAUUGAGAGGGUGGAGAAGGUCUCAGAGAUGCAGGAUGCUAAAAAGUACCGUGAGGCGUGGGACGAAGCCAAACAGAACUACACGGUGAUCCCUGACUCACCUGAGGUCCUGCGUGUGCUGGAGGCCAACAGGAUGCAGAGUGAUCGCAUUUACCAUGAAGGCCUCCUCAAACAGAGGGAUGAAGGGUACAAGAUGGUGUCAGACACUCCUGAGUAUCACCGUGCUCGCUUUGCAGCUGCCCUUGCCAGUGAUUAUCUGUACAAGUCAGCACUGAAGAAGGCACAGGAGACACAGUACAAGAAUGUGCACGAGUCUCCUCUUUACCUGCAGAACAAACUGUCAGCCGAGCUCUCAUCUGGGGCGAGGUAUAUAAAGAACUACGAGGAGAAUAAGGCCAAGUACCAGCUGCCUGCUGACCGUGUGGACAUGGUCGCUGCCAAGGAGGCAAUAGCUCGGUCAGAUCGCCACUACAAGCAGAAGCUUGGCUCACCCAAAGUGUUCCCAGACUCUAUUGAGGGUGUCCGUGUCAAGUCUCUGGAACCAAUGAAGGAUAAAAUCUACAAGCAAGAGCCAGGACGCUUCACCUCUGAGAUUGACACUCCUGAGACCAGGAGGCUGAAGUCUCUGCUGGAGAUUGUCAGUGACCACUACUACAAGGAGGAGGCCAAGGAGAUUGUGGAGAAGUGCUGCAGCCAGUAUCCCUUCACUGUGGAGAUCGAGAGGUUGGAGAAGGUCGCAGAGAUGCAGGAUGCUAAAAAGUACCGUGAGAAGUGGGAUGAAGACAAGCAGCUGUACAAGGUCAUCCCUGACUCCCCCGAGGUCCUUCGUGUACUCGAAGCUGCCAAGAUGCAGAGUGAUCGCCUGUACCAGAAGGGGCUGGACAAACAGAGGGAUGAGGGUUACAAACUGGUGGCAGACACACCCGAGUACCGCAGGAUUCUCCAGACCACCGCACAGGCUAGUGAUUAUCUGUACAAGGCAGCACUGAGGGAGGCCCGAGAGAAACAGUACAAAAAUGUUCACGAGUCUCCACUGUACCUGCAGAACAAACUGUCUGCAGAGAUGGCUUCUGGGGCCAGGUACGUUAAGGACUAUGAAACGAUGAAGGUGAAAUAUUCGUGCCCAGCUGACAGAGUGGACCUAAAGACUGCCAAGCUGGUGGCUGGCUUCUCUGAUCUGAAGUACAAGCACAUUGAGGCCAGGUACACCCCAGUUGCUGAUACAGUACAGAACGAACAUGCCAAGACCAUCGCUGGCUUCAGUGAUCUGAAGUACGUCCAGAAAGUGGCAGCCAAGAGCCUUUCUGAGACGGACACUCCAGUGAUGAGGAGGAUCAAGUCUCUCCAAGAAAUCACCAGCGACAACCUCUACAAGGAGGAGGCCAAGGAGAUUGUGGAGAAGUGCUGCAGCCAGUAUCCCUUCACUGUGGAGAUGGAGCGCUUUGAAAAACUCUUGGAACUCAAUGACAAGAAGUUGUACAAGAAAGACUAUGAAGAGGAACGUCAGAAGUACCACGUGUACCCCGACACACCUGAAGUCAAGAGGGUCAUUGAUGCAGCCAUCCUGCAGAGUGAUGCGAAGUACCGUGAGAAGUACGAGAAAGAGAUGAAGGGCAAAGGAAACUUCCCCCAGCACAUCACCCCCGUCUAUGCUUCUCAGAAGGAAGCUGCUGGCCUCACCGAUGCUGUGUACUCGAGGGAUGCCCGUGAGAAAAUGCAGGAGAAAAGCUACAAGAACUUCCACGAGUCUCCGCUCUAUAGGACACUGAAGGACGACACUGACAUGGCCAGCAUGUCUAAUUACGUCAGUGACUGGGAGAAGAGGAAGGUGGACUACAAGGUUGUCUCAGACACCCCUGACAUCAAGAGAGUGAAGAAGGCAGGCACCCUGGCCUCUCCGAGAACUUACGUCCAGAAACAGGAGAAGUAUGAGACGGUUGCAGACACCCCUGCCAACAUCCUCGCCAACGAGUCUGGCAAGUUGGUUGGAGAUCGUCACUACAAGCAGGUGGUGAAGGGCAAAGGCAUCAUGGACACCGACACCCCUGAAAUGAGGAAGAUCAAGUCCCUGCGUGAGAUCACCAGCGACAACAUCUACAAGGAGGAGGCCAAGGAGAUUGUGGAGAAGUGCUGCACCCAGUACCCCUUCACUGUCGACAUGGAGAGGUUCGAGAAGCUGAUGGAGCUCAUGGACCAGAAACGCUACAAGAAGAACUUUGAGGAGGAGCGCAACAACUACCAUGUUUACCCCGAUGCUCCGGACAUCAAGCGUACCCUGGCCAUGGCACAGCUCUACAGUGACCUAAAGUACAAGGAGAUCUACGAGUCUCAGAUCAAGGGGAAAGGCAACUUCCCCCAGCACAUCACACCUGUCUACAAAAGCCAGAUUGAGGCAGCCAAGAUCACUGACGCUGUGUACAAGAAGGAUGCUCAUGAUGAGAUGCAGAAGAAGAGUUACAAGAACUUCCAUGAGUCUCCGUUGUACAGGACACUUAAAGAUGACACUGACAUGGCCAGCAUGACAAGGUAUAGGGACCAGUAUGAAAAAGAGAAGACCAACUACAAGAUAACUACAGACACUCCUGACAUAAAGAGAGUGAAGAAGGGAGGCAUCCUGGCUAGUGAGAUCAAGUACCAGAAGGAUAAGCAGACAGAGAAGUACAUCCCCAUCGCGGACACCGUAGCCGUGAGACAUGCGCAGCACAUGGGAGAGAUCCAGGGCUACCUGCCAUACGAGAAGCACGAUGCAGGCACUGUCCGGGCCAGGUACAGGGGACAGCGCUUCACCCCGGUGGACACGCCCGAGUCCAACCGUCUCAAGAGCCUGAAGGAGAUCGUCAGCGACACCAUCUACAAGGAGGAGGCCAAGGAGAUCAACGAGAAGUGCUGCUCGCAGUUCCCGCUCACUCCCGAGAUGGAGCGCUUCUGGAGACUGCAGGAUCUCUACAGCGACACUGACUACAGGCAGAAGGCGCUGGAUACACGUGGAGACUUCCAUCUGUACCCCGACAUCCCCGAGUUCGAACGCCUCAACAAAAUGAACGACGUUCAGAGUGAUCUGAAGUACCAGGAGCGUUACAUGAAGGAACUGAGAGGGAAGGGCUACAAGCUGACCCCCGACAUGCCCCUGUACCAGAGGAUGAAGAGGGUGACCGCCCAGAACAGCGAUAAUGUAUACAAGGGAGAGGCUAAGAAGCUGCUUGGGAAGAGCAUCGACGUGACCCAGACCCCCGAAUACUCACGCCAACAGGAGGCUCAGAAGAUCAGCAGCCAGCUUAAGUAUGGCAAGGACCUUAAGAAGAUCCGUGAGGGCAAAGGUUACACCCCGACCGCCGACACGCCACAGCACAGACAUGUCAAGAAGAUGGAAGAGAUCCAGAGUUCGGUAAAGUACCCCAAGGCUCUGAAGGACAUUGCCAAGUAUGCGACGGUGCUGGACACCCCAGAUAACCAGAGAGCCAUCAGCACUUACAAGAACCAGAGCACUCUUUACUACGGAGCAGACGCCAAGAAUGAGAUGAUCGGAAAAGCCUUUAAGGAGGUGAACGAGACCCCAGCCAGUGCCCACCACAAGAAGGUCCUGGACAUGAGUGAUGUUGUAUACAAGGAUGAGGCGAAACGUCUCCACACCAUCGCCUGCACACAGUACCCCUACACACCAGAGAACCUGCGUAUGGCUGAGCUGUCCAGGACACAGAGCGAUCAAAUGUACAAAGAGCGCGGCGAACUGGAGAAACACAAGUACACCACGCUAGCCAACACCCCCGACUUAUUGCAUGCCAAGGAGGUCCAUGACAUAACCAGUGAGGUGAGUACUACUUGA